AUGUCUUCCGUCGACGAUGGGUCGGAAGACCUUUACGGUAAUGCCACGAGCAGGCUUCGAUACGAGGCGUACAGCCGAUUGCAGGCAGCCGCGGUGGCGUUUGGAGAGUCCCUCCCGAUACCUGAGAUCGUGGCCAUAGGCGGCCAGAGCGAUGGCAAGAGCUCCCUACUGGAAGCUUUCCUCGGGUUCCGCUUCAACGUGCGGGAGGUGGAGAUGGGCACUCGGCGCCCCCUCAUCGUCCAGAUGGUGCACGACUCGACGGCAGAGGAGCCCCGCUGCCGGCUGAAGGACGAGGAAGGCGAGGAGUACGGGCCAGUGAUCGCACCACCCUCGGCCGUGGCAGACGCCAUCCGGGACCGCACCGCCGAGCACCUGGCAAAGGUCGGGGGUGCGGUGUCCAGUGUGCCCAUCGUCAUGCGGGCCGAGUACGCCUACUGCCCCAACCUGACCAUCAUCGACACCCCUGGCUUCAUCCUCAAGGCUCGCAAGGGCGAGGCGGCCUCCACCCCCGACGACAUCCUGGCCAUGGUCAAGGCGCAGUGCGCCCCCUCCAACCGCCUCAUUCUCUUCCUGCAGCAGUCCAGCGUGGAGUGGGCGAGCAGCCUGUGGAUGCAUGUGCUCACCGACGUGGACCCCGACUUCUCCCGCACCGUGGUCGUGGCCUCCAAGUUCGACAACCGGCUGAAAGAGUUUGGGGAGCGCUGGGAGGUGGACCGGUACCUGGCGGCAGCGGGGUACCUGCCGCCCAGCGUGCAGCCCUUCUUCAUCGCCCUGCCCAAGGACCGCGGGGCGGUGGGCUGCGCGGGCGAGUGGCGCGCCUCCAUCCAGGGCGUGGACGCCGAGGUCCUGCGCGGCCUGCGGGAGGGCGUGGCGGGCGGGUUCGACGAGGAGCGGUUCGGAGCGCGCGGAGCGGGGGCGGAGUGGCCCGUGCUGGUCGGCGUGGGGGGGGGCGGCGGACGGCGGACGGCGGGCGAGGCGGAUGCCCCAGACGCCGCCGACGCCACGGACGCCACGGGCGCGCAGCUGCGCCUAUACGGCUCGGCCGCCUUUGCCCGGGCCCUGGCCGAGUUCCGGGCCGUGGUCCAGGCGCUGGAGCUGCCAUCAGGUCUGUCGAGCGACGUGGUGGCCAAUGCGCUGCUGGGACAGGAUCAGCACGGCGGCCGGGCAGUGGAGGACGUCGCCGCGCUGCUGGCGGAGAAGGGCGCGCGCACGGCGCUGGGCCCCGCGCUGCGCACGCUGUGCGCGCGGCUGGGCGGCGUGCUGGCGCAUGCGCUGGGCGUGGCGCAGGCCCUGGUGUUUGAGGACCUGGGCGAGUGCGCGCGGUUCCGGGCGGCGAUCGCCGCGGCCUGCGACGCGCUGGUGGCGCGGCUGGUGGACCGCGCGCGCGCGCUGCUGGAGCACGGCCUGGAGGUGGCGGUGGCGGGCGGCGGGCGCGAUGCCUGGGCGCCGGGCCACCUGGACCUGCUUGGCGAAGGAGUCGGGGAGGAGGAGGGAGACGACGAAGUGGAUGAGAAUGCAUCGCCCAUGCACGCCCUGCUGGAAGAGGCCAAGGGACGCGGGCCCAAGGCCGCACGCGUUGCCGUGCGGUUCAGGCGGGUGUGCGCGGCUGUGGCGAGCGGCUCCCUCCCCACCAGCCUGCAGACCUGCCUGCUGAGCACGCUGCGUGAGGGCGUGCUGCCCCACCUCCUGCAGGAAGUCUGCGGGACCCCUGACGCCGAAUGCAUGGCCCUGUUCCAGGACCCGGCAGAGGUGGCAGCGCUGCGGGAGAGGCGGGAGGCCGCCGAGCGCAGGGCCGAAGGCCUGGUGCGCUGCAGGGACGAGUUCAGCGAGCUGGUGGCCUGCCUGUGA